GCGGCGCUGAGCAGCUUAGUGGCUCGUGAAGUAGUUUGGUGCUGGAAGUGUUUGGAUUAUUACGAAGAACAGACAAGGAGGAACGACAUGGCGCUUAACCUGACUAUCAACAGCGGUAACCCACCUCUUGGGGCUCUGUUGGCAGCUGAACAUGUGAAGGACAGCAUCAGUAUUUCUGUGGAGGAGGGCAAAGACACCAUGCUCCAUGUCUCUGAUCAGGUGCAGUUCAGUGACGUAAACUCCAUCACACGUUAUCUCGCCCGAGUAGCUCCAGCGUUAGGACUGUAUGGUUCUAACAUGAUGGAGCAAACUGAGGUUGAUCAUUGGCUGGAGUUCAGUGCCCGUCGUCUUCGUGCUGAGUCAGAUCUGUCUCCUGCUCUGGCUGAGCUGGAUAAAGCUCUGGCACUGAGAACAUUCCUGGUGGGUCACAGUGUAACCCUGGCUGACCUCUGCAUUUGGGCUGCUCUCAAAGGAAAUGGCGAGUCACAGGCCAAGCAAAGCUCCUACCCGCAUCUGUGCCGCUGGUUUUCUUUGCUGAGCUCCCAGGUGCCAUUCAGUUCUGUGGGCAGUAAAUGGGCCAGCAAGAUCAGUGCCAACAAAGCCACUCCUGUGGUGAAAAAGAAACCGGAUUUGGGAAAAUUUGAGGAGCUCCCUGGUGCUGAGAUUGGCAAAGUAGUGGUGCGCUUUCCACCAGAGGCUAGUGGAUACCUGCACAUCGGCCACGCCAAAGCAGCUCUGCUUAAUCAGCACUACCAGGUCAAUUUCAAGGGAAAGUUAAUCAUGCGUUUUGAUGACACUAACCCAGAGAAGGAGAAAGAGGACUUUGAGAAGGUGAUCCUGGAGGAUGUGGCCAUGCUACAGAUCAAACCAGACGAGUUCACCUACACAAGUGACCACUUUCCCACCAUCCAGCGCCUGGCAGACAAACUCCUUCAGGAGGGAAAGGCCUACAUAGAUGACACACCUCCAGACAUCAUGAAACAAGAAAGAGAGCAAAGGGUUGAGUCUCACAACCGCAUCAACUCUGUGGAGAAAAACAUGCAUAUGUGGGAGGAGAUGAAGAAAGGCACAGAGUACGGCCAGACCUGUUGCAUGAGAGCGAAGAUUGACAUGAACUCCAACAAUGGCUGCAUGCGUGAUCCCACACUGUACCGCUGCAAGAACGCCCCUCACCCUCGCACUGGCAGCACAUACAAAGUCUAUCCCACGUAUGAUUUUGCUUGCCCCAUCGUGGACAGUGUUGAGGGGGUGACGCAUGCCUUGCGUACUACUGAGUACCAUGACAGAGAUGAGCAGUUCUACUGGGUAAUAGAUGCAUUGGGUCUGCGGAAGCCCUACAUCUGGGAGUAUGCCCGACUGAAUCUUAACAACACUUUGCUGUCCAAGAGGAAGCUCACCUGGUUUGUUGACCAGGGCUAUGUGGAAGGCUGGGAUGACCCACGUUUCCCCACAGUCAGAGGUGUGUUGCGUAGAGGAAUGACUGUUGAGGGACUCAAACAAUUCAUUGCUGCUCAGGGAGGAUCCAAAUCUGUGGUGAACAUGGAGUGGGACAAGAUCUGGGCAUUCAACAAGAAGAUCAUUGACCCAGUCGCUCCCAGAUACACAGCCCUACUGAGCUCAAAGGUGGUUCCAGUCUUCAUUUCUGAAGCCAAGGAGGAGAUGAAGGAGGUUGCCAAACAUCCCAAGAAUGCAGACGUGGGAAUGAAGCAGUUGUGGUAUGGCCCAAAUGUGUUUGUUGAGGGUGCUGAUGCCGAAACUUUUACUGAGGGCGAGAUAGUAACCUUCAUCAAUUGGGGAAACAUCAUCAUCACCAAAAUCAACAGGGACAGCAGUGGAGCGAUUUCUGGUCUGGAAGCCCGUCUAAACCUGGAAAACACAGAUUUUAAAAAGACCACUAAGAUCACGUGGCUGGCUGACACCACCCACGCUCCAUUCCUGCCCACUGUUUGUGUCAACUACAGCCACCUCAUUACCAAACCAGUCCUCGGCAAGGAUGACAAUUUUAAGGAUUACAUCAACAAGAACAGCAAGGUAGAGGAGAAGAUGCUGGGAGACCCUUGCCUAAAGGACCUGAAGAAAGGUGACAUCAUUCAGCUGCAGAGGCGGGGCUUCUACAUCUGUGAUCAACCUUAUGAGCCAAACAGUCCCAACAGCUGUAAGGAAAGCCCCUGUGUCCUGCUCUACAUCCCAGAUGGACACACUAAAGAGAUGCCCACUGCUGGCUCCAAGGGCAAGUGCCAAGCAGCUGCUAAACCAGUAACGGAAACUACCACUUCCGCUCCAGCACAGAAGAGCUUUACUGCCCCAACCCCUGCCGCAGGAAGUCCAAUCCCUGCUUCCUCCUCUUGUCCUUUCACUCGUGUUGCUGAGCAAGGCGAGGUGGUUCGAAAACUGAAGGCUGAAAAAGUAUCCAAGGACCAGGUUGAUGCAGCAGUAAAACAGCUUUUGGCUCUGAAGGAAGAAUAUAAGCAGGUGACGGGGCAAGAAUACAAGCCCGGUGCUCCUCCAGCUGGUGCUUCUCCAUCGACUCCAGCACACCCUGCCACCACCACUGUAGUGUCUUGCUCCUCAGACAACUCUCCUUUGGCUAUUUACGAGCAUGUCUCUCAACAAGGAGACCUUGUGAGGAAACUGAAAACAGAAAAUUCACCCAAGGAUCAGGUAGAUGCAGCUGUGAAGCAGUUGCUGAAACUUAAAGCUGAGUACAAGCAGCAAACUGGACAGGAAUACAAACCAGGUGUGCCUCCUUCCACAGCUCCCAUCCAAACUCAGUCUAGCCAAUCCCAACCUCAGUCCAGCUCCUCCCCUCAGGCUCAAGCUCUGUUUGCAGACAUUGCCCAGCAGGGGGAGCAAGUGAGACGACUCAAGGCAGAGAAUGCUGCUAAGGAGCAAGUGGAUAAAGCAGUGAAGACUCUGCUUGAGCUGAAGGGUCAAUAUAAAGCCCUUACUGGAGAGGAGUACAAACCUGUUACUAGCUCAGGAGCCUCAGGAAACACAGGAGGAGAAGACAAGAGCCGCAAGGAGCGAGAGAACAAGUCUGAGAAGCAGGGAGGAGGUGGAGGAGGAUGCAAACAGCAGAAGGGAGGAGAGAAACCUCAGCAAGGUCAAGAAUCUGGAGCCGGUGGAGCAGGAGACAGCCAGGGGCCAAAGAAACAGACACGAUUGGGCCUUGAGGCAAAGAAAGAGGAAAACCUGGCUGAAUGGUAUUCGCAGGUGAUCACCAAAGCCGAGAUGAUCGAGUACUAUGAUGUUAGUGGCUGUUACGUGUUGAGGCCCUGGUCUUAUGCUAUCUGGGAUGCCAUCAAAGAGUUCUUUGACCGGGAGAUCAAGAAGCUGGGUGUGGAGAACUGCUAUUUCCCCAUGUUUGUUUCUCAGGCUGCCCUGGAGAAGGAGAAAACCCAUAUUGCAGACUUCGCACCAGAGGUUGCUUGGGUGACAAGAUCAGGAAAGACGGAGCUGGCAGAGCCCAUUGCAGUGCGUCCCACUAGUGAGACAGUCAUGUACCCGGCCUAUGCCAAGUGGGUCCAGUCACACAGAGACCUGCCGCUCAAACUCAACCAGUGGUGCAACGUUGUGCGUUGGGAGUUCAAACACCCCCAGCCUUUCUUGAGGACCAGAGAGUUCCUAUGGCAAGAGGGACACACAGCUUUUGCUACCAAGGAGGAAGCCGAAGAGGAGGUGCUGCAGAUUCUAGACCUGUAUGUUCGGGUGUACGAGGAGCUGAUGGCCAUCCCUGUGAUCAAGGGCAGGAAAACUGAGAAGGAGAAGUUUGCUGGAGGAGACUACACCACCACUGUGGAAGCUUUUAUCUCAGCCAGCGGCAGAGCUAUUCAGGGUGCCACAUCUCAUCACCUGGGUCAGAACUUCUCCAGAAUGUUUGAGAUUGUCUUUGAAGACCCCAAGAAGCCAGGUGAGAAGCAGUUUGCCUUCCAGAACUCUUGGGGCAUCACUACCAGAACCAUUGGAGUCCUGACAAUGGUUCAUGGAGACAACAUGGGCCUGGUGCUGCCCCCCAGAGUAGCAUGUCUACAGGUGAUCAUCAUUCCUUGUGGCAUCACAGCCUCUUUGCCUGAAGCAGAGAAAGAUCUUCUAUUGGCCCAGUGCUCCAAAUAUCUUUCCAGACUGCAGAGGGCCGAUAUCAGAGUGAAGGCUGACCUGCGUGAGAACUACUCACCCGGCUGGAAGUUCAACCAUUGGGAGCUGAAGGGUGUGCCCAUAAGGUUGGAGGUUGGGCCAAAGGACUUAAAGCAGGGCCAGUGUGUGGCAGUAAGGAGAGACACAGGAGACAAAAUCAUUAUGCCAGAGGCUGAAACAGAGAAGAAAAUCAAAAACCUUCUGGAAGAGAUACAGAACAACCUCUUCAAGCGGGCUUCUGAUGAUUUGAACAAACACAUGGUUGUGGCAGAUACGAUGGAGCAAUUCCAGAAAGAUCUGGACCAGGAAAGGAUUGUACAAAUACCCUUCUGUGGAGGUAUCGAGUGUGAGGACUGGAUAAAGAAGACCACAGCCAAGGAUCAAGAUCUGGAGCCUGGUGCACCUUCAAUGGGAGCUAAGAGUCUGUGUAUCCCCUUCGAGCCCUUGAAGAUCUUGCAGCCUGGUCAGAUGUGCGUCAGCGGCAAAGAACCUGCCCAGCACUACACGCUGUUUGGACGCAGUUAUUGAGAUAUUCUGUCAUCCCUAUCCACCAACUAGUGGCUUUCCCCUUUUAAACAAAUGCACUAGCAAGAUUUGCUGUAACAUAUGACAUCUGUAAUUCUCUUACCACUGAUCAUUCUGCAUUUCCUAUGUCUUUCUGGACUUAUUUUAAUUAGCUGAUCAGUUCUGGGCUAAGAUUUAGGAAUCCUUUGUGGCCGUAGUAAACCUUAGCACAUCUUUAUCCUAAAUAAAUACCUGGCAGUUGUAAUAAACUAAACAUUGUCUGUAAUAAAGGGAUUCUUAAUUUCUAUAAUUUUGCUGUCCCUCUUGAUUACUUUUCUAAUAUGUUUAUAUGGAGAAUCAGUUGACUAUUGUUGUCUUAAAUGAUAAUUGAUCUGGCCAUGGUUUGACAAGAUCCCAUUUGGUAGAUCACAAUGGUUGCCACUGGAAUGAACAAACUUUGGUAUGUUUGUGUAGUUUUCUGGUCUCUCUCUCUCUCUCUCUCUCUCUCUCUCUCUCUCUCUAUCUCUCUAUCUCUCUCCCUCCCUCUCUGCCUCUGCCAAAUAUGUAUUUGUCUAAGAUAACGAUGAACAAACCAGUGAGGUUAGUAGAUUUGCCAGUCACUGGAAAAAUCCAGUAAGGUUUAUGCAAAAUAUUCCAUGUACCAAGAGAUUCCAGCCAUGAUUCCAUUUUACAC